GUUUAUAGAGGUUUAAGUAUAUUAUAUGGCUUUUAUAAGCCUAUAUAUCAAAAUCAUAUUUUGCAGGUGAUGCAUUGGGCCUAUAUUCGCUUGUUUAAGAAUAAACUCCGAUCAAAUUAUUUUGAAAAAUGGUGUAUAAAAAGUGUUUCAUCUAAACAAAACCUACUGUUGUGGUGACUUGCCUUUGUGGUAUGCCUCUAUUUAUAACCUCGAGUACUUGACUACUCAAAAUUGGUAGUGACGUGAAUCGAUUUGCUACUAACCUUCCUUGUCAUACUAACGGGGAAUGUCAUUUACAUGAUUCAGGUCAUCUCACUUUAUAAAGGAACAAUUUUCGCAACAUGGAGACGGCCACAGCUGUUUCGAACCUGAUUAACAUGGAGCCAACGGCCAAUCCAAUAUUUGAGUUCACUGAUUACAACCAGCGAAUCGCCGUCGCAGUCCUCAUGGCCAUCAUCUUCAUCGUCGGCAUCAUCGGCAAUGGCCUGGUUUUAAUGGCUGUUGCUGUUUCCAGAAAGCUGCACACUUCCACAAACGCCUUCGUCGUCAGUCUUAGCGUGACGGAUUUCCUGACAUGCCUCGUGCUCCCGUUCCAGAUCAGUGGUGUUUUGAGCAGGACAGGAUGGAUGCUACCGUGUGCUUUAUGCAAAAUUGUCGGCGGCAUCGCAAUCAGUUCCGCCAUAGCAAGUGUCAUCACCCUCGCGCAGAUCGCAAUCAACCGUUACGUCAUCAUUACGUCCGACCGACGCCGUUACGAGCAAAUCUUUUCGCCUCGCAACGUGUUCCUCAUGGUCGCGUUCUCCUGGCUAUUCCCAUUCAUGACGAUGGUUUUCCCACAGGCCAUUGGGUAUGGCAGGAUCGGCUAUACCAAUAAAUAUAAAAUUUGUCUCAUGGACGGAAAUCACAGAUACGCUCUCAUCUACGAGUUCGGUGCCGCCAUCAUCCAAUUCACCUGUUUCGUCGUCAUCACGGUCUGCUACGGACUGAUCUAUCGCUUCUUGAGCCAGAAGAUGUUCUUUGAACGAUCUCCAUCAUUUAAAUUCACAUCAAACGGCGGCAACACUCGUCACGUCGCUCCAAGCACGUCAUCAACGGAGUUAUCGAAUACGCAGGCAACCAAGGACAGCGUCAAAGAAAUGAACGGCAAUGUGGCUGCGGGGGAGACUGAAAAGGGCGCGAAAAUGCCGACGCGUCGAGAAGUGCAUAUCACGCGGAAUCUGUUUUACGUCGUCUGCGCGUUCUUCGUAUCCAUCAUACCGUACGCGAUCGCAGUGGCGAUUCCGAACAGCGGAAAGGUGCUGGUGUACCUAGGUGUGCUGUUGACCGCGUCGAGUAUCCUCAACCCCAUCAUUUAUGGCUUCAACCAUCCUCAUUUUCGCGUCAUAUUCAGGAUCAUUUUGCGUUGUGACUGGAAUAGGAUUCCCGAACCAUCUGCGUUUUUGAGAGCUAUACAGGGAAAGAGAUAACUUUGGAAAAUGUGUUUUGUUCGAACACGAAUGCUCCCACAGAAAUGAGAAUGACAAAUCUAAAGCUUGACAAAUGAAUUGAAUAAUUAUACCGCUAACUGUAUAAAUUUACGAUCUUUAUAAGGGUUCUUAGACUUUUAUAAUAUUGACUAUCAUGGACAUAGCUUUAGGCAAAAUAUUUAAACCUGAAUUUCUCUAAGUCUUUUUUUAUAUGCUCUAGUUGGUAAAUCAAAUUGGGUAUCAAAAUGUUGGUAAGAAUUUUACCAAAGUUGUGAAAACCUUGUUUACGUGGUCGCCACCAUUUGACCGAUGGGGAAUAUGCGCUUUUCUCAAUGUUGGUGGUAAUCUAUAUAUAAUACUCCCCUCAAGCCAACGAAAGCGACCCUAAACCGACCGAUGGUUUGCCAUUAGAAGUAACGUAAUAAGCUUGGUUUGUUUGGAUUUGGUUUCACGGGUAUGAAGGUGGCCAUAAUCAUGGUCGCAUUGACCAUGUUGGCGUUGGGCUAAGUACAGUUAGUUAAUUCUAUGAACAUAUUAUCCACUGGUAAGUCUUUUAGCAAAAUUGGCAAAAUAAAAUAUUGAUCAUUCAUGAAUUUUAUAAUACUUAAUGAUUGACAGAAAAUAUCGUUCUGUCUUAGCACAAAAUGGAGAAUGAGAU